GAGAGCUCAGGGAUAAAACUGAAUUUCUAUGGAUGGAUGCUACCCAGUUCUAGAAGGAUUUAAUGUAAUGUGUUGUUCUGUUUUAAAUUGAAGGCCCACUAUGUUGACCCUGUUAUUGGAGAUUCACAGCUACUAAGGAAAAACCAUGCUGGAGAAGUGACCAUUGAUUACCUAUGAAGUUCACGCAAGAAAUUAGCCAUGAGUCCCGGAAGAGCGUGGACCGCUGCUCAAUUGGGGGACAGGGAGGUUGAGAGCAGAAACGCAAGCAAGGACCCGGCUUGAAUAGGAGCUUCAGAAACAGCUUAUUUAAAGGAAAACGUGAAGAUAAAAGGCGCACUUCAGUCGAAGUCUUCACUUAUGCAGGCUUCACUCAUGGAAGCACUAGUUGAGCGACUGGAACAGGCUGUGAUUCGCCUUGAGGUGGUUUCAGCCAAUCUUCAAGGCAGCUCUGGGAAUAUGACCAAUGGUGACAUCAAUGGACUCAACGGUGUGUCCCAGUGUAUGGAAGCAUUUGACCAUUUACUGAGAGGCCCUGUGUGUGAAUACAUGAAGAACAGCCGGACUAUUGGAGGCGAUGUGGCAAAGCAUGCAGAGAUGGUACAAAACGCCUUGCAGGUGCAGCGGACCUUCCUCAAAAUGGCAAGCGCACACCAGGAGCCCGCACAGACAGAGCUGGCAGACCUUCUCAGACCCAUUUCAGAGCAUAUUGAGGAGAUCCAGAACUUUAGAGAGAAGAACCGUAGCAGCCAUCUGUUUAACCACCUGUCUGCCGUCAGUGAGAGCAUUCCUGCACUAGGCUGGGUGGCAGUGAGUCAGAAACCAGGGCCCUAUGUGAAGGAGCUGAAUGAUGCUGCCAUGUUCUACACCAACAGAGUUCUGAAAGACUACAAAGACAUUGACCCAUGCCAUGCAGAGUGGGUGCAUUCCUACCUGAGUAUCUGGACAGAACUGCAGGCCUUUAUAAAACAGCAUCACACCACUGGACUGGUCUGGAGCAAGACUGGUCCUAUAGCACCUCCAUCGCUGUUCACGGCUCCAUCUGCUGGUCCAUGCCCUCCUCCUCCGCCUCCACCUGUAUUCCCAGAUGAGCAGACCAAGGGAGACAACAGUGUUGCUCAGCGCUCAGCUCUGUUCGCUCAGCUCAACCAGGGGGAGGCAGUCACUAAAGGAUUAAAGCAUGUGUCUGAUGAGCAGAAGACCCAUAAAAACCCUGCUCUCCGCUCUCAGGGUGGGGUACACCACACCUCUACAUCAAAAGACAAAGUUCCUGGCUCCACACCCACACCAGUCAAAAAGCAUUCUCCUAUUCUGGAACUGGAAGGGAAGAAGUGGAGGGUGGAACAUCAGGAACAGGCUCACACUCUGCUGAUAGAAGAAACAGAGCUCAGACAGGUGGUAUACGUGUUCAGUUGCACCAACUCCACACUUCAGAUCAAAGGCAAAGUCAACUCCAUUAUAGUGGAUAACUGCAAGAAGCUUGGGCUUGUGUUUCAUAAUGUGGUUGGUAUCCUCGAAGUCAUCAACUCCAGAGACAUUCAGCUUCAGGUUCUGGGGAAGGUGCCCACCAUUUCAAUUAAUAAGACAGAGGGCUGCCAUGUCUACCUUAGUAAGGAGUCUCUGGACUGUGAGAUUGUCAGUGCCAAGAGUUCUGAAAUGAACAUCCUGGUCCCUCAAGGAGAUGAUGAAUAUAAAGAGUUUCCAGUUCCGGAGCAGUUUAAGACAGUUUGGGAUGGGUCCAAGCUAGUGACGGAGCCCACAGAGAUUGCUGGUUGAUCGACAGUGUCAUAACACUCCACAUCAUCUCUGUCAGUAGUGUCAGCCACACUCCAAACACUGAAUCAAAUAACUCACUCAACGAGGAUACAACACUGAAAAUCCUUUUCAGUGGAGUUUAACUAAGGUUAAAUUUAACUACUCUGGGUUUAUGGAAGUGAUCCAUAUUAUUAUACAUAUUCAGACAAUACCUAAAAGACAGGCAGACACUUACAUUAAGAUAGUUGUGUAGUUUAGACGACUAAUGUUAACUUGUAAUCAAAUUUUUUACAUGCAUCAGUGUUUUUCUGAAGUUAUCUAAUUGGAUUUAGGUUCUUAGAUAGGAUUAAAUCUUUUUAUCUGUAUAGUUAAUUAUGGCUAUCUACACUAAAAGUCAACAUUCUUUCAGAUAAGUUUAGAAUGAAAAAAAAACCCAACAACCCUAGUAAUAAGAAGAAAUACUAAUACCACUUUUAACAGUAAUUGUGAAUGUGAAUACCAUUAAAUAUUGUCUGUAUAUGGACUUUAAUUUAAUUGAACUAAUUUGUAAUUCACACAAUAUUUAUAUUGGAGAAAAAAGUGAGAACUCUGAGGUUGAAGAAGGUUCAUAAUCAUGUGCACAAUUUAGUCACUCUGCAGUUAACCUGAUGAUGACUUCUGUAUUGCGAGGAGUCUAUCUUGCUGUGUGAGAGAAUUUUAGAAAUUCAGUAUUCCUAGGAGUUACGAAUACAUUACAUUAAAGCAUGACAUUUAUUGUGAACAUUAAGAGUCCCUAGUUGACAUUAUUAUAACAGAGCCCAAUGAACUUGAAACAAAGUCCCACACCAGUCUGUAAAAGGAUACAGUUCCUCAUAGAUAAUCUUUGUUAUUGCAUAAUUUAAAGACUCAUGUCAACAUUUGAGAACUCCUGUAGCAGGGGAAAUGCCAUCUUAAAUUUAAUGGAUUGUAUUUGACCAUCAUUUGUCUAAUACCUUAUUUUGAUGACAUCAUUGGUACUUUAAACAAUCAUGUAAUAGUUUGAAACAUUAAUUACUGAAGUGUAGAAAGUUUCUGCCCAGGUUUCAAAUACAAAUGUACAUACCCUAAAUGUACUUACUCAUAAAUCUGUUAUAGACAAGAACACUAACUGCAGUUCAGAAACAUGAAUUAAGCCUAAAUAUUUUUAACAUAUUUUAUUAACCUCUCUGUUAACAGCUUACAUACAGCUUAACAACUAGUAUUUCACAGGAAGAAAGUAUAUUUUACACUAGUCGUACAAGUAAAGUACUUCACUACAUGUAAAGACUUCACUGCUUUGCUGCUGCACUUCUUUUGGGGCAAUGCAUUUGCCCAUUUCAGCUUUUUAUGAAAUUGUCACUGAUGAAUUAGAUAAUUUCAGUAGUUAUUAAAUCACAUAAUUCUGGCUCAAAAACAGCAAAUACCUUGAAGACAUUGUUGUGUAUAUGGACAUUGCUUGCAUUAAAUAAUUUAAAUUAA